AUGUAUCAUUAUAUUGAGGAUUUAGUUCCUGAAGAUGAGCAUCCUUCAUAUUUACAACUAUAUUUCUUCGAUACGGAGCACGAGUUAGAAAAUCGUAUUCAUGACGCAGAAAGAUUAGAUCCUUCUAUCAUUGCUCGAUUAAUGGAUAUACUUGAGGUUAAUCCAUAUUGUCGCUUCUUUAGAACCCUCAGCAACAUUUCAAGUCUUGAAAAUCAUACAAUUCGUAUAAGAUCAGAUAUUGAUUUAGACCAACGUGUUUACAAUGCUCCGUCGGUAUCGCAUGUAGCAACUAUAUGGACAGAAACUGACAACUGUACAGAACAAAAAGGUCGAGACAUUAUUGUUUUUAACAAAGCAGGAGGCAGUCAUAUUGUUCAGUAUUAUUUUGGAUGUUAUGAUCCAUUACAAUACCCAUUAUUGUUUCCUUUCGGUGACUCGGGUUGGCACCAAGGAAUCAAAAAAGUAGAAAGAGGAACGAUAUCAUUAAAUGCCCAGGCAUUAGAAUCACACUUUAUUGAACAUUCAAAUAGCGCGGAAGAAUUUCUUCGAAAAGAAGGCCAAGUUUUGAAGAAUAAGAAGAAAGUACCAACGGUUUCAUGUCGUGAAUAUUAUUGUUUCAAAUUACAAAUAAGAGAUAUGUACAUGUCGAUUUUGUUACUAUCUGGUCGUUUGCUGCAACAAUUUGUUGUCGAUAUGUACAUUAAAAUUGAAACGUCAAGACUAGAUUAUUUUCGCUCGAAACAACAUGAGAUUAGAUCAGAUGUGUAUCAAGGUAUUGUAGAUAGUCUUUCAGUUGGAGAAACUUGCACAUCCAAUAUUGGAAAACGGAUUAUUCUACCUUCAUCUUUUAUUGGAGGUCCAACAGAUAUGCGGAAGAGAUAUAUGGAAGCAAUGGCAUUAGUUCAACGUUUUGGCAAACCUGAUAUAUUUCUAACCAUGACAUAUAAUCCAAAUUGGGAAGAAAUCUUAGAACAACUAAAUCCACAUGAAGAAGUUCAGAACCGCCUUGAUUUAAUUGCAAGAAUCUUUAGAGCAAAACUAGAAGAAUUGAAGAUUGAUCUGUUUAAGCGAGAAAUUUUUGGUAAGGUUGCAGCAUAUGUUUAUACCAUCAAAUAUCAAAAAAGAGGUCUACCACAUGUUCAUUUCUUAAUUAUACUUCAGAAAGACUGGAGAAUUUAUGCACCUGAAACUUUUGACGAAAUUGUUUCAGCAGAAAUACCUAACAAAACGAGAAAUUUACAUUUAUAUAAAGUUGUCCUUAGACACAUGAUGCAUGGUCCUUGCGGAAUAUUAAAUCCAGCCAAUAUAUGUAUGGACAAAGACGGCAUCUGUAAGAAUCGAUACCCCAAAGAAUUUACAGCUAAUACAACUGUUGAAACUGAUUGUUUCCCUUCAUACAAACGUUCUAACAAUGGAGUCAUUGCUAGAAUUAGAGGAAAAGAUUUAGACAAUCGGUGGGUUGUUCCAUACAAUCCGUAUCUUGUUUCCAAAUAUAAUUGUCAUAUUAACGUUGAGAUUUGUUGUACAGUUAAAGCUGUUAAAUAUCUAUACAAGUAUAUUUAUAAAGGACAUGAUCGUGUUGCUUUCAAUAUCAUUAGCAAAGAAAAUAACCAACAAAUUGACGAAAUCGAACAAUUUCAAUCGGGAAGAUGGAUUACUCCACCUGAAGUAAUGUGGAGAAUAUACGGUUUCACGCUUAACGAAAUGUAUCCAUCAGUUUAUAGUUUGCACCUACACCUAGAAGAUCAACAUUUGGUGUCUUUUCGUGCACACGAAGAUCUAAACAAUGUGUUAAACUCAGGAGCAACGUCAUUUGAGAAAUUAAGAACAGUUAAUGGUGUUGUACUACCAACGUAUCGUGAAGCAGCUACUUCUUAUGGUUUGCUAAACAAAGAUAGUAGCUUAGAAGAUUGUUUAGAAGAAGCUUGUCUAUAUCAGAUACCAAGUAGUUUAAGACACCUUUUCUCAACAAUUUUAGUGUAUUGCAAUCCUACGAACCCAAAAGAACUUUGGGAGCGAUUUGAAAAAGAAAUGUCUACAGAUUUUCUUAUAAGAAACGUGUCAUCAACAGUUGUUAGGAAGAUGGUUCUACAAGAUAUUGCUUCCACACUAGAAUCUAUGGGAAAAGAUAUAAAUAUGUAUCGUUUUGUUCCUGCCGAUAUAUUUUACGGUCAAGAUAAAUUUACAAAUAGAGAAAUUGACGACGAACGAGUAGUCACAAUUCCAACUGAAGAUUUACUUGCAUCACAAGUCGUAAAUUCUGAACAAAAAAAUGCGUAUGAUUUGAUAUUGCAUACAUUAGUAUCAAAUAAAGCUGGUGCUUUUUUCGUUGAUGGCCCUGCUGGUACCGGUAAAACUUUUCUAUACAGAGCACUUCUAGCAGAAAUUAGAUCGAAAAAUAUGAUAGCACUUGCAACUGCGUCAUCCGGUGUUGCUGCCUCCAUCUUACCCGGAGGACGAACAGCACAUUCAAGAUUUAAGAUUCCAUUAAAUGCAGAUAAAAGCAGCACAUGUAAUGUGAGUAAAUAG